CGUAAUUUGCACGCCGUAUAUAUAUAUAUACCGAGCCGUAUAUAUAUAACGAGAGAGACCAGUCGCACAUCAGACCGACGCUCCGCUUUGCAUCCGCUGUUUCCGCCCUACAAUUUUCUCUUCUCUCCCCAAAUUCAAAUUUCGUUUCCCACCAAACCCUAUCUUUCUCUCUCUACACUCUUCCAAUUUCGUACAUUCUCUCUCUCUCUCUAUCUCUAUCUCUCUGAAAGUACAGCAGCGAUGAGGAGAGGUGCUAAGAGGAAGACAACUCACAAGGCGGCGGAGGAGGAGCCUUCGAAGAAUCCGAUAAACGAGCCGGCGCCUGAGCAGCCGAUAGACGAGCCGGCGCCUGAGGAGCCGAUAAACGAGCCGGCUGAAGAGAAUCAUGUGGAGGUGAUGAAGAAGAAGAAGAAGGGGAAAGCCGAGCCGAAGGCAAGCAACAAAGCAGCUGACGGGAGAAAACCUAAGCGAGCUAAGGUUUCGAAGCCUGAAACGGAGACGGAGUACUUUGAGGAGAAGCGUAAUUUGGAGGAUCUCUGGCAGCAGGUUUUUCCAGUUGGAACGGAGUGGGAUCAGUUGGACAUGGUAUAUCAAUACAAAUGGGACUUCUCUAAUUUGGAAGAGGCAUUUGAAGAAGGUGGAGAGUUAUAUAAUAAGAAGGUCUACCUCUUUGGCUGCACAGAGCCUCAAUUGGUCUCUUUCCAGGGUCACGCAAAAGUUACAAUGAUCCCUGUCGUGGUAGCUGUGGUAUCCCCUUUUCCUCCUUCUGAUAAGAUUGGGAUUAAAUCAGUUCAAAGAGAGACUGAAGAAAUCUUGCCGAUGAAGCAGAUGAAAAUGGACUGGGUUCCAUAUAUCCCACUUGAAAAGAGGGAAUCUCAAGUUGAAAGACUUAAAAAAUCACAAAUCUUCAUUUUGAGUUGUACGCAGAGAAGGGCUGGUCUAAAGCAGUUGAAGAUAGAGCGCGUGAAGAAGUACGAGUAUUGCUUACCCUAUUUCUACCAUCCUUUCCAAGAAGAUGAAACUGAACAGAGCACGGUGGUGCCGAUCCUUUUUCCAAUAGAUCCCCAGCCAGUUUUCUGUGAGUUUGACUGGGAACUAGAUGAACUAGAGGAGUUCACCGAUAAACUUAUCGAAGAAGAGGAGUUAUCUGCCGACCAAAAAGAACCCUUCAAGGAUUUUGUGAAGGAGAAAGUUCGAGAAGCUAAAAAGGCCAACCGCGAGGCAAGGGAAGCCCGUAAGAAGGCACUGGCUGAAAUGAGUGAGCAAACCAAGGCUGCUUAUGAGAGCAUGAAGUUCUACAAAUUUUAUCCUGUCGCUUCUCCCAAUGCACCCGAUGUAUCAGGCGUCAAGUCAUCCUUCAUAAACAGAUACUAUGGGAAGGCUGACAAGAUUAUGUGAGUGGACUAAUUUUUUGUACUAAAGAAGAGCAACUAUUGGUCAUCACUCGUUAUCGUCUACUAUGCUUUGGUGUUGGAAUUCUUAGCUCGAGAAAUUGAGGAGCAGUACAAUGCCGAGAGUUCGAGACCAGAUUAUUGGGUUUCUUUCUUUUCUUAGAACAUGUAAAAACUUGAAGAGGUUAUAAGGUUAAAAAGAGGGUAAUGAGGUUUUGUAUUAUUCGUAUGAAUCGCCAGUUUUGUAGUACAAUUGACUGAAUUCACGAGCUGUGUGAGUUCAUUGAAUUAUUUCAUAUUUUGUUCUUGCUUUUACUAUUUUUAUUUUUAU